UAUGGGGAAUGCCUGUAGAUGCAAUUAACACUCAGAUAUAAUUAACGAGGAGCAAGAAUCGAAUAAUCCAGAGGUAUAUCAAGCUAAAACUGACAACCCAGAGGAUGACAAAUGCGAGCAAUAGCAAUAGCUUUCAAAAUGGCGAAACAUUUAAGAAGGUUUAAUUUACAAUCUAAUUGAGAUGAUAACCUACCACUUCCGGAGUUUAGGGAAGAAGUAGCAAAAUCUAAUAAUGGAAGCCGAAUUCAAUUGUCUCCUGUAACAAUGAAAUCAGGGAAUAUGUAGAGUUUAUGAACUAGCUUAGUUAUGAGGGAGAAUGGCUGAAUUAGUAAAAGGAUGGCAAAGGGAAGUUCACUUGGAAGGAUGGCAGUUACUUUGAAGGAGAUUUUGUAUAGGAUAAAGCAUAGGGAAUAGGAAAAUUAGUGCAUGUCAAUGGGGAUUCAUACGAAGGAGAAUGGAAGAAUGAUAUGGCUCAUGGUCAUGGGGUUUUCAAUCAUUUUAGAGGAGUUAAAUAUGCAGGAUAAUGGAAAUAUGAUCUUUAGGAUGGAGAAGGACAAGAAACAUGGCCUGAUGGUACUGAAUAUAAGGGAACAUACAAAGAGGGGAAGAGACAUGGACAAGGACAUAUGCAAUUUUAGGAUGGUUCUAAGUAUGAAGGAAACUUUGAGAAUAACGAAAUCUGUGGAUUUGGCUGUUAUACUUGGAAAGAUGGUAAGCAAUACAAGGGAUAAUGGUUGAAUAAUAAAAUGCAUGGUAUUUUGAAUUAUCGAAUAUCUUAAAGGUCAGGGAGAAUGUAUUUGGAAGGAUGGAAAAAGUUAUAAGGGAGAAUAUGCAGAUGAUAAAAAGAAUGGGUAUGGAGUAUUCACUUGGGCCAGUGGAAAAAGAUAUGAGGGAUAUUGGCAGGAUGGCAAAUAACAUGGAGAGGGAAUUAUAAUUAAUGCAGAAGGAGUUAGAAGAGAAGGAUAAUGGGAGUAUGGAAAACCAAAGAAUUUAGAUUGAUUUAUUUGUAUCUAUG